AGGUAAGUUUUCGUCGGCAAGUGAACGACGAUCUAGCAGGCAUCUACUUCCAAGCGUGCAAACGACUAUCCAGUGUUCGCCCAAUGAGAAGUUUACUCGUCUUGGCUGUCCUCGUGACGGCCUCUCAGGCUUUCUCGGUGUUCCAGAACCCACCAUGCUCGGGAACUACGCCCUGCCUGAUUAACUGUGUGGUGGACUCUCGCUGCCCGAUCUUCAACCCAUCGAAGCCGAUUCUGCUCGCCGGUCCGACCUGCGAUCGUUUCUACAAGUGCGAAAGUGGCCGCGCCUGCGAGACCCUGUGCCCGGGUGGUACUCACUUCAGCAUUCGCGAGCAGGUCUGCGACUGGCCGCACCGUGCCUGUUGCGACCCAUCCAUCGAAUGUCGUCCGGACCCGUGCGGACCCAGCGGUGACUGUACCGUUCCGUCGCCACCGGUUAUGCCACCUCCGCCGCCGCCACCACCACCACCACCGCCACCAGCACCAGGUGCUCCCCCGUGCAGCGGAGGAACUGUCUGUGCCAGCAGCUGCCCAGUAGACUACCGUUGCCCGAUGUUCGACGGUUCGAAACCGACCCUGCUGCCUGGACCGAACUGUGGCGUGUAUGCCAAGUGUAUUGCUGGCCGUGCCUGCCCAAUGAACUGCCCCGCUGGACUUCACUUCAACUCUGCCAAGCAGAUCUGCGACUGGCCGUUCCAGGCUUGCUGUGAUCCCAGUGUCGAAUGCCGCCCCGACCCAUGCGGACCGAGUGGAGAUUGCGGAGGUGGUGUCUACCCACCGCCGCCGCCGCCGCCGCCGCCGCCGCCGCCGCCACCGCCACCACCACCACCGCCACCAGCACCAGGUGCUCCCCCAUGCAGCGGAGGAACUGUCUGUGCCAGCAGCUGCCCAGUAGACUACCGUUGCCCGAUGUUCGACGGUUCGAAACCGACCCUGCUGCCUGGACCGAACUGUGGCGUGUAUGCCAAGUGUAUUGCUGGCCGUGCCUGCCCAAUGAACUGCCCCGCUGGACUUCACUUCAACUCUGCCAAGCAGAUCUGCGACUGGCCGUUCCAGGCUUGCUGUGAUCCCAGUGUCGAAUGCCGCCCCGACCCAUGCGGACCGAGUGGAGAUUGCGGAGGUGGUGUCUACCCACCGCCGCCGCCGCCGCCGCCGCCACCGCCACCACCACCACCGCCACCAGCACCAGGUGCUCCCCCGUGCAGCGGAGGAACUGUCUGUGCCAACAACUGCCCAGUAGACAACCGUUGCCCGAUGUUCGAUGGUUCGAAACCGACCCUGCUGCCUGGACCGAACUGUGGCGUAUAUGCCAAGUGUAUUGCUGGCCGUGCCUGCCCAAUGAACUGUCCUGCUGGACUUCACUUCAACUAUGCCAAGCAGAUUUGCGACUGGCCGUUCCAGGCUUGCUGCGAUCCCAGCGUCGAAUGCCGCCCCGACCCAUGCCCACCGGGCGCGUUCGGCUGUGGCCAGAACAACAACUACAACAACAACAACUACAACAACAACAACAACAACUGGAUGUGGGGUUAAACGCGCAGUACAACUAGGACGAGCUCAGGGAACCGAAAGUCGCAACAACAACAACACUGCACUAUCGCUCCUGUUAGACCAUUCCACUAGCUGAUGGGAAAGUUUGCACUAUAGCCUUGUCACAUGAUGGCAUUAUCCGAACGAAGGUGGUUAAUCAUAACACAAAGAACACGAGCCCCGAGAAUAUACGAGCACAUCUAACAAUUACAGCAGA